AUGGGAGUCACGGCUGUGUUUAUCCUGCCUCUGCUGCUCCUGGGAAUCAGUGGCCUUCUCUUCAUCUACCAAGAGGUGUCCCGGCUGUGGUCAAAGUCAGCCGUGCAGAACAAAGUGGUGGUGCUCACCGAUGCCAUCUCAGGACUGGGCAAGGAGUGUGCUCGGGUGUUCCACGCUGGUGGGGCGAGGCUGGUGCUGUGUGGGAAGAACUGGGAGAGGCUAGAGACCCUGUAUGAUGCCCUGAUCAGCGUGGCUGACCCCAGCAAGACAUUCACCCCAAAGCUGGUCCUCUUGGACCUCUCGGACGUCAGCUGUGUCCCAGAUGUGGCCAAAGAGAUCCUCGACUGCUAUGGCUGUGUGGACAUCCUCAUCAACAAUGCCAGCAUGAAGGUGAAGGGGCCUGCCCAUAAGAUUUCUCUGGAGCUCGACAAGAAGAUCAUGGAUGCCAAUUACUUUGGACCCAUCACACUGACCAAAGCCCUGCUCCCCGACAUGAUCUCCCGGAGGACAGGCCAGAUCGUGUUAGUGAAUAACAUCCAAGGGAAGCUUGGAAUCCCAUUCCGUACAGCUUAUCUGACCAUGACUGGGGUCGUCUGA